AUGACUCCAAAUUAUGUUCUUCAAAGCCUAAUUGUUGAGUACUGUGCCGAGCAUAAAAUAUCCUUAGAAAAGUCAGAAAGAAUCAAGAAAAGUUAUUUCUCAGAGGGCAUUCCAAGGACAAAGGCAGCGAUACAAGCAACAAAAUUGACGGUAAAAUUUCUUGUGGAAAGGCUUUGCACAAGAUCAUUUGGAGUAAAAAAGUGGGUUUCUUAUGAACUCAGACUACUUGCUAAAUUUGGCAUGGACAAUAGGGCUUGCAUUGCAGAAGAAGGAGCCAUAUCAUUACUUGUGCCCCUGCUUUCUUCAAAGGAUCCCAAAGCUGAAGAGAAUGAUGUAACUGCACUUCUAAAUCUAUCCAUAUAUGAGAGCAAUAAAACUAGAACAAUGGAGUCUGGUGCAUUGCUGCAAAUCAUUAGGGUUGUAAGAAGUGGAUGCAGCAUGGAAGCCCGGGAAAAUGUAGCUACAACACUCUUUAGUAUUUCAUCUGUAGAUAAAUAUAAUAAAUUAAUAGGAGAGAGCCCAGAAGCCAUUCCAGCCUUGAUAGAUCUUCUUCGAGAUGGAACUGCAAGAGGCAAACACGAUGCAACGAAUGCCCUGUUUCAUCUAUCAGCUUUUCAUGGAAAUGAUUUACAAGUAGUAGCAGCUGGGGCAAUCCCUUUGCUAGUUAAUCUUCUAACAGAUGAAAGACCAGGUCCUGUAGAUGACGCUAUCUCUGUUCUUGCCCUGCUUUCCAGACAAUUUGAGGGUUUAAUUGCAAUUAAUGAAACCUCUAUUUAUCAGUCUUCUUAG